AUGCAUUUCGAACCUACUGUUGACUUCCGACAAGAGGUUGCUACAUCCCUGGAAAACGUGGUUAAUUCUUUAGCCCAGCUGAAUCUCUCUUAUUCGCUUUCGAAAAAUGCUCUCUACUAUACGGACUUGCCGUUUUUCGGGAUCGUUGGAUUCUUUUACCUGGACGAGCGCAUUGUGAUCAGUGUUAGAUUCUACGCAUUCGACUAUGUUGGCGGUUUGCUGAUCCAAGGAGAUCAUAUGGACAACAAAGCACUGCACUUCAAUCCCCGUUUCGACGCCGGUGGCGGUUGGUUUAUGAUAUAUUUGUCGAUGACAAUUUGUUCGUUCCCCGGUUUUCUGGCCUAUAAACCGGCAAACGCGCAAAACUUGUUAUUAAACACAUUAUCAAUGAACCCAAUGGGGUGCGGAAGACGAUUCACAAAUCCGUUCGAACCAGGAAAACCAUUUCAAAUAAGAAUACUUGUGCUAGAGAAUUAUUUCAAGAUCGCUGUGAAUGGAAAACAUAUUUGUGAUUUUCCUCAUCGAGUUCCUGUCAGUGAUGUGAAAACGAUAUAUGUGGGUGGAAAUAUUCGUGUGGACUUUAUUGAGUUCCAACCUCCGGACAACAAUGGAUAA